AGUAAAAAUUUAAAUAACUCGGAUUCGUGUUUUAUAUGUCAAAUAAACAAAACAUGAUACAUAUUGUCAUCAUCUAAAAAUUCAUGUUCCGGAUUAUCCAGUUUGAAGUAUAAUAUGUUGACUUAUUGACUUAUUAGUAGUGAUCUUCACAAUUUGCGAAAUAUUACGGUUACACAUCUAUAAUUGAUAAUUUAACGAACAAUUAAUAGCUAAUCUUAUAAAACACCAAGUAAUUCGAACAUUCCUAAUGGCUAUACAUUUUUUAUCUCUUUACCAUCAACAAUUCACUAAAUAUGAGUAUUCGAUACUACAAUUACACCAAAGGAAAAACUGUAUUAUCUCUCAAUGUUCCUCAAGCAGUGCUUGAUAAUGAACAUCGUGCUCUUUCACUCUUCAUAUGCCUGGAUAUUUCAGGUUCUAUGUCAGGUUCGCCAAUACGUCAAGCAAAAGAUGCUAUUUUACAGAUUAUGGGAGGAUUAAUAGAAAGAAACGUUCUUGCUGAAAAAGAUAUUACAUGUUUCUUUUUUCAGUCAUCUUGUCAAGAGGUUAGAUUCAGUGAUCAUCCGGAUAUGCUUUGGGCAAAUGGCGGAAUAAAAAGAUACUUUGAUGAUGUACGCCCUGGUGGAGGUACAAAUUUCUCAGCUGCUUUCAGUUCAAUCAUCAAAAAUCUUGAUAGAAUUAAUACCGAUUUGGCCAUUAUCUUUUUUACUGAUGGUCAAGAUACAAGUAAUAUUCUUGAAGAUGCAAAGAUUGAAACUGCUUUAAAGGGAACUUCAUAUUCUACCGAAGUUCACUCCAUUGGAUUCACAAAAGAUCAUGAUGCAAAGCUUCUUUCACGGUUAACAAAAUAUGGUAGGAAGGAAGGUAACUUUCUGUAUAUUAGAUCUUCUGAUGAGAUUGUAGGUAAAAUGAAGACAACACUACAGCUGUUGGAAUCAAGUUAUAAAACUUUGUAUGUUAAAAUUGGGGAUGAAACCCCACAGCCUGCAAAUUUUGAUGAUGAAGGUGUUGCAGUGCUUAUUCUCAACGAUGAUGCUUCCAGUGUGGAGGGUAAGGAAGUCAAAAUCUUGAAAGAUUUAAAAGAAGGCGAAGAGAAUUACAUAUUCGAAUCACUACCAAGUCAAAUUCCUGCCGGUGAUCCGAUGUCAAUAAAAUUAAUAAUUUUCCUUGUUCAACGUGAAAUAAUACGUCUGACGAAUGAAAUAUCCAAUUACGAAGAGGAUGAUGGUAGUAAAAGUGAGAGAUUCAAUCAAAUUUUGGCCGAGAUAAAUGCAUACGAAGAACAAUUGAAUACUAUUACCUCAAAAAAAUCGAGUAUAAGUAGUGUUAUUAUUCAACAAUGUUUAGAUAUCAAAUCUACAGUUCUCAAGUUUAAGGAUGUCUUAUCUGAAGGAUUAUUGGGUACUUUGACAAAUGAAAAAAUAGCCAUAAUUAAUGAUUUGGCAUACAGUAAUAUUGUUCGACAAAAAAUAACUAAAAGGAAAUUAAUAUCACAUCGAUUUUGUGAUAAACUUUGUCAAGACUUUGCUACUUUCUACGAACAAAAAAAAUUUUCAAUAAAACUUGACUUCGAAGAAGUUAUUAGCUAUUUAGAAUCGCAAUUAAUAAAACAACAUCAUAAGUGGUUACAUGAAAACUUUGAAUUGGUACAUCGUACAAGUCAACAACAUGGGAUUUUAGUGGAUUUUUGCACCGAUGUUAUCAUGAAUAUGUUGGAAAAGUUUUUAUCAGAUGAUUUUUGUGAAAUCAAAGAAGAAGUUUUGGUAGAAUUACUUAAGAGUCACAAACUCAAGUUAGAUGAAUUUGAGAUUUGGAAUAGGGUUCUUAAAUGGGGAUUGGCUAAACAUCCUUCAUUAAAUCCAGAUCCUAAAGUUUGGUCCCCUAAAGAAGUUGAAGCAUUUUCUAUGACUCUAAAGGAUAUACUUCCGUUGAUCCGGUUUUUCCAAUUUUCUUCUGAUCAGUUUACUAACAGUGUACGACCAUACAGGAAGAUUCUUUCAGAAGAUCUAUAUGAGGAACUAAUUAGUUAUUACAUGAUUCCUGGGUAUAAACCAACAUCUGUUGUAGUUUUACCUCCUAGAGUCUAAUAAUGAAAAUAUGAAAUUCUAGAAAAUUAUUUUCAUUAUUAGAAACAUAAAAAAUUUCUUUUGCAUAUAGAGUUAAAUUAUUCACAGAUCUUUGUAUGGUAAUCCGUAAUUUAAAAUCUUUAAAUUACAAUUUCAUUUUAUAUUUUAGUAUUUAUAAAUUACAUAUUCAUCAUUAUAUAUUA